AACUAACUGAUAAACUCUGCAAAACAAACUCUCAUAGCCCGUGUUUGCUUGCGUUUUCGUGCAAAAUUUUUAAAGAUGAGCUAGAAAUUUCGAUUGAUAGGUCGCUUGUAUGCUUUAACAAAGUGGAUCUUUUCACGACCGAAAGAACUUUCACUUCGGAUAUUGGCGAUCCGUCGUAAAUUUCUGGUCUAAGUUCGAGCAGCACUAUGGAAAUGGCGACCCCAGACGGCUACGGAGAAAUGGACAUACCGUGGAUGCGAGACCACUUCUUGCAAACGUCCGAGUCCGGCAACAAGAUGCUGAUCGCCGCAGCCGCCGAGCCCCAGAUGCACCAGUAUCCCCCUGCUCAAGUCUACUCGACGUCCGCUAUGUACGUGCCCCCGAUCGCCCCCUCGUACGACAUGGAAGAUGACCAGAACAUGGCCAUGGGCGGUUAUAUUCCGGUAAUAUAUACUGGUGAGGAAGAGUACGAAAAUUACUCGGCCGAGCAGCCGUCGUGCAAGACGUCAACCACUACCUCAACUCAGACUUUUGUGCCUGCCAAGAAAAUCAAACCUGUCAAGCACCCGGGCUUGAAACUAAAGACUCCAAUCGCUUACCAAAAAGACUCGGAUCUCAGUGUCAUCCCGAUCGUUCGAGAAGGAAUGGCUGUGUGUGAAAAGUGCGGUGCCAUCGGUGUGAAACACGCUUUUUACACCAGGGAGAGGAGGUUCUGCAGCCUCGAGUGCGCCAGAGGAGAACAGAAAAAUCAACCUGCGGCUGAGGAAUCGUCCUCUGAAGUAGCAGCCAUGAAGGAGGAGGAAAUCAGCCAGGAGGAGUACAUCGACAUGGAGAUGCUGGCAAAGCGCAUUCCCAAGGAGCCGGCAGCAGCCCCGAAUCCGCCCCCGCUGCCGCCCCCUCCGCCCCCGGCGAUGCAGCCCGUGGCCACUAGCCAGGCCAGUCUGCCGCCGCUCCUGUCCAAUUUGCCCCUGGAGGAUCCGCCUCUGCCAAUAAAGCGGAAAGGGCCCGAGCUUGCCAACACUUAUGAGUGGAAAAAGCAGCUCGAGGCGCCCGAUUUUGCCGCGGCGGCCGUCACAUGCUUCAAACACGUACCUUUGUCUGAUUUAUGGGAAAAUAUCGUCGUCGGAAUGAAAGUUGAAGUGGAAAACACAGACUGCGACCACUUCUCGGAAGGCGUGCCAGCCUCAUUUUGGGUCGCAACUGUUCUCAGGAUAGCCGGCUACAAAGCUCUCUUGCGGUAUGAGGGAUUCGGACAGGAAUCUUCCAAAGACUUCUGGGUAAAUCUUUGCGCAGCAACCGUGCACCCUGUGGGUUGGUGCGCGGGAAGAGGGAAGCCUUUGAUUCCACCAAAGACAAUCCAAAACAAGUUCAAGGAUUGGAAACAGUUUUUAGUUAGGCGACUGACUGGCGCCAGGACUUUGCCUUCUAAUUUCAUAAUGAAAAUAUUUGACAGCCUGAAAUCUAGGUUUACCUGUGGCCUUACCUUGGAGGUGGUCGAUGGGAGUUGCAUAUCGCAAGUGAAGGUCGCCACGAUUUCAAAAAUCGUCGGGAAGCGCCUUCACAUAAAAUACUAUGAUGAAGAAAACGGCUCAGGAUUUUGGUGUCAUGAGGACUCGCCUCUCAUCCACCAUGUUGGCUGGGCUCUGAAAACCGGGCACAACCUGGACGCAGACGCUGAGUACAAUUCGCGCUGCCAAGCUGGUGUUUACUUGGACAACGACGCUCUUCCUGAGCUGUUUGCUCAACCAAAGCCGUCCUUCCUGGACCAGGAGGACGGUGGUGCGCAGAUCUUGGCCGGCAUGAAACUCGAGGCCAUUGAUCCGCUCAACCUCUCUGCCAUUUGUGUUGCCACAGUCAUGAGGGUGCUCAAUGACGGCUACAUCAUGAUCCGAAUUGAUAGCUACGACCCCGACUCCACUGGGUCUGACUGGUUUUGCUACCACUCCACGUCCCCAUACAUUUUCCCAGCUGGCUUCUGCGAAAUGAACUCUAUCCCAUUGACACCGCCUCAAGGAUAUGCAGAUGACUUCGACUGGGACGUUUACCUCAGGAGAACUGGAGCCGUCGCUGUGCCUUUGACGCUCUUCAACUGCAUUGACAUGGAAACGCCACCACACUGUUUUCAAAUAGGGAUGAAGCUGGAAUGCGCGGACCUGAUGGACCCAAAGAUGAUCUGCGUGGGUACGAUCUCACGUGUGGUCGGUCGGCUGCUGAAGGUACAUUUCGAUGGUUGGGAGGACGAGUACGACCAGUGGCUGGACUGCGAAAGCCCAGACAUGUACCCGGUGGGCUGGUGCGAGCUGGUCGGCCACAAGCUCGAGGGACCGCGAGCAUCAGGUGGGAUGUGGCAGCAGCAAGCUUUGUCAGAAGAACGCCUUUGCAUCAGUCCAGCGUUAACUGAGCUCGCCGCUUCAAAGAAAGUCAGUCCAAAACGCGGAAGGGGUCGCAAACCGAAGGUGAAAAAGCUCAAAAUCGCAAUAGGAAGGAAGCAGCUUCCAAGGGACUCUCCGCCUGGCAAGAAAACCAAACCAGCAGAUUUCGUUUCUCCAGCUAAAAGUCCGAAAGAAGAGCCUCACUCGCCGUCGACCUACUGGGAGCCUGAGAUGGCGGAGGAACCUGCUGGUCCUGACCAGUCUUUGCCUGGCUUUGAGGACGAGUUAAAUCCUGUUGUAAGUAGUGGCAAAUUCAUUCCACGACUCAUAGACUCUACAACAUGUUUGGAAAACAAGGAUCUGGAUCCUUUAAGUUGGGAUCCGAACGACGUCUGUGUGUUUUUGUGCAUGAACGACUGCGAAGCGUAUACAAAAGGAUUUAAGGACAAGAAUAUAAACGGCAUAAGUUUACUGAAACUGUCUCAGGAUGAAAUAUUGGAUUUGACUGGCCUGAAGGUUGGACCUUCCCUGAAGAUUCACGAACUGAUCCAGCAGUUGAAAAAGAAAGUGAAUCCGACCCAAGAAAGACACAAAGCUGCUCUACGCAAGUUUCAGACUUAAUCAAAGACAAAACACGUGUAGUGCUUUCUGUAAAACUAAUUUAUUCAGCUGACACUUCAGUGAAGAAAGCGCGUCGACAAAUAAGGAAAUAAUGUGCCUCGUAAAUUUUAAAUUUUGUUGGUUUAUCCACUUAUUAUUUUUUCCUUAAUUUCGCUUUGAUUUUCACUAUAGUGAAAACAACAAUGAUGGAAUGACUUCCAAAGUGUGAUAUCUCCAUACAGCAAGCCUCACCGACUUAAAAGUUACCCCCUUGCAGAGUCACGUGGGUGACAACAAUUCAGCUUAUAUUUUCAUUUAUCCCAUUUAUCUCAAAUCCUCAACCCUGUGUAAUUUGCUUGCAGGACCCAUCUUUAAAUUCAAUUUGAUUGUGUGUUCUUUGUAAAAUAAAACUGAAUAAAUCAUCUUAUUUUUGUCAAAAA